AUGCAUCUGCCGUUCACUCCCAACCAUAUACACCUCAUCUCGACAUGCUAUCCGCCGUCCUCAGCUUUGCUUACUUCUGGCCCGGAAUAUCUUCCAAACUCGCAGGAGCUCUCCCGCCUAACAUACUACGCUUCCAACCGACCCGGCAAGAUCAACAAGCUUGCCAGUGAGCUCGAAAAGCGCGUGCGGGCGGAUUGUCGCAGGGCGCAGGCGGGGAAUACACGCUCUCGCGCGUCUCUCCUCAUCACCCUGUACAUAUUCAAGUCGCUCGCCGCGGAAUGUCGUCGCGACAUAUCACUGCUAACAUCAUCCCUCUUGUCUGCCAUAACAACUACACUCGCCGGUCUCUCAUCAGACUUGGAGGUGGCAGCCAGGGCUGCAACUGUUUUCACCACAUGGACGACAUACACGGACGGCCAUCUUAUAGGCGUUGACCAAGGCGUCACUCAAGACUAUGUCUCGUGUCUCCGACAAUUCUCUGCUAUGGGUGGGAAGAAGGUGAACGACACAGAGAUAACUAACCGCACACGUCUUGUCGGCCUUGCAGCUCUCACAGCUGCUGUACACUCCGAGGCCCUUUACCACUCAUCUACACACUUCAAUCUACAGGUAACGACGAUUAUGCCUGCACUUCUGACAUCUUUAUUCGAGGAGCGUAGAGCCUCUGCUAUCAAGGAGGAACCAAAUCUGGCCUUCAUGGACGAUUUCCGGACAAGACCUGCAUUGGAGAGACGGGCAGCAUCAAUACAUCUUCAUGUCGACGGCGAUAGGGGCCCUUCUUCUGGCGAUGUGGUCAAUGCAUCUCUGCAUGCACUGUCAUCUAUUCUUGGACACUCAACAGGAAAUCAAGUGACCAUCAUCAUGUCCGCCGUUUUUGACUUCCUCAAUGACUCUGGCGGAUGGGAGAAAGUCAAUCAUUGUCGCUGGCUAGCAGCGAAAGCAAGCGAGUGGACACAAUACCAGUACCGAUAUGCAGUUCCGACGCGCAUCGUUGAGUGUUUGGUCGAGGGGCAAGAUGUGCCGCAGUCGACUGCUCGUCAUAGCACUCUUGCUGCUAUGGUCACUACCGUCUUCACCUCCCCGACGCCACUCGUGAAUUUAUCGACCUCUGAUAUGAUCUCGGGUCUCAUCUCCCUCAUAUUCCGGAGAAUUACCGUCGAUCCCGAGGACUUGCUGCUUCCCGUACUGGUCGAAUGUAUUGCUUCGCUUGGUACCCAUGUCUACUACGCCGAUCAGAUCCAGGAUCUGGCUGGCGAGUUGAUCAGCCGGCUCCUCCUCGUCGAAUCAAAUGGCAUCCCUGGCCCAAGCAAACCGAACGCCGAAAAGGCGAGGUCGCAGGCCAUCAGGAGUCUAUUGGCCGGUUUACUUGGUCUAAUGCAUGCAGCAGACAUGCACCAGGUAGUAAAGGAUGAUGGACUACCCGAUGACAAGGAACCACCUCCGACUGGGACUAGCGCUGAGCUACCUUCCGGAUCUUCUCCCGCCCCUCAGAAUGUCCAUAUUCGUCCUUCCCGCCGCACGAAGAUCGCACCGGAGGUUUGGCAAGACACACUGGUGCUUCUCUGCGACCAAGACUAUGCAGUGCGCGCAGACUACGCUGUCGCUCUCGUCUCGUACCUGCAGACGGAGAUACCAAAGCUUGGUGAACACGUCGACGUCGAUGGCGUGAAACGCAUGCGGUCAUUGGCGGAAGGGCCUUCGGAGCAGGCGAAAACGAUGGCUGCCAUGGUCUAUGGUGACUCGACCACGCGAUUCCUGAACGCGCUGCAUGCAUAUGUCUACCUCCUUGCUACUUCAGCGGCCUUCGAUUUACACACGGGGCCUGCUACAGCUGAUGGCAAUGGGUCGUCUGUGCAGGAAGGAAACGCAAAUCAUGACUCACACGGUCGGCGUUCGAUAACAGUCCCUCCGCGUUCUCGCAAAACGUCCUUCAUCUUGCGCGCCAUGCAGAACGCGCCCAAGAAGCUAUCACAGUCCGACGCACCCAGUGCAACCCUGUCUGACUGUGGAAAUAUACUCACCGUCCUCACGGUGGUACACGAAAACCUACCUAUUCGUGGCCUUCUGACAGGUGCUCCGAUGCUGGUGGCUCUGGAGAAAGCUGCUAGGGCAGACGAAGCUAGUAUUGCGGUGUUGCCGCUUGCGGUGACUAUCCAGCACAUAGUGGCCCAGACAUGGACGACAAUCGGAAGGGUUUGGAAGUGUCCAGAAGUUGUAAGCGUAGCUGAACAGGCUACAUUGAGUAUGCCGUUGCAAACAGCUCUGCCCGUCUUGCCGGAAGCACAACCGGGUACAUUGCACACACCCCAGAUCCCCGUGACCUUGCCAUCCGAGAUGUCUGACGCUCUCCCUGCUCUGGACACGAAUGCUAUGCAACAGUCGCUCGCCUUCAGUCAAAAUGUGAAGGACACCACCGGUCUCGAACAAGAAGCUCUGCUCCGCCGUCUCACUGUCUACUGGACGCCAGAGUUGGCAUUCCGUGAUUCUGUCGAAGCAAACACGAACUAUGACUCACUCCGUCGCGAUGGAUUGUCGCCCCUGAUCAAGGUGGCACCAGCACUCAUGCACAUUGACAACAUAUCCCUGCAAAGUCUCGCGCGUUCGACUAGAGGUGUCGGCGUGACGGACUUGCGAGAUGCAUUAGAAGGUCGCAGCAGCAUUUCCAAUCCGAACUUGUCAAAUAGAGCGCCAUCCAUCUCGACCCUCGACCACACGUCUUUCGUGACACAUCCUGACUCGCACAACAAGCUGACUCCGACGAAGUCAAGGCCUCAGCGUAGCAAGCUGGCAGGUCCCGGAGAGGUCCGCGAUGUUCUUAACAAACUAGGGAUUGGGAAGCAGAACGGUGCCUCACAGUUGAAGUCGUCUUUCCCAAUCCUUCAGAAACCGGAUCAACGAGCUCCCGUGCUAACACCACCAUACAAGGCAUGA